ACCGAGCGGCGCGCAAUCCGACAAGAUGGGUCGCAUGGCCGAAGCGCAGCGUAGGCUGCUCGAGCAAAUGAUGGGCGCCGAGGCCAUGGGUAUUACCCAGCAGAACAUCGAUUGGUGGGACGAGAAGGUCUGCAGGAACUACCUCUUCGGAACGUGCCCACACAUCCUAUUCGGUAACACCAAAAUGGACCUCGGUAUCUGCCCCAAACUCCACUCCGAGCGGAUCCUCAAACAGUUCCAAGAACAUAUCGCGGCCAAUCCCUCCGAUCCCCGCGUCGCCGCCUUUCGCCAGGAGCACGAGAACAGCCUAUACGGCUUUGUGGACGACGCGGAUCGGCGGAUCCGGGCGGCGCAGAGAAAGUUGGAGAAGACGCCAGAGGAGAAUAGGAAGACGGUGGAUCUGAUGCGCGAGAUCGGCGAGAUCGAGCUCUCCAUCCAGGGCGCCACGGAAGAGAUGGAAGCUCUCGGAGAAGCCGGAAAGGUCGAGGAAUCGAUGCAGAAGCUCGCGACGGUCGAUGCGCUCAGGGGGGAGAAGGCGAGCAAGGAGAGGGAGCUGCAGGAGCUGAACGAGAACGCGGGCGCGUCGGGGCAUCAGAAGUUGAGAGUGUGCGAGAUCUGUGGCGCUAUGCUUUCCGUUCUGGACUCGGACAAGCGAUUGGCGGACCACUUCGGCGGAAAGCUACAUUUGGGCUACCAGGAACUGCGCCGACUGCUGGGCGAAUUCGCCGAGGCGCGAAUGACCGGUCGGAACGGUACUGCCGCCGCUGCUGGCCCCGGAGCUGGCGCGUCAUCGGGGUACGGUCCCCGGGCGGGUGCUCCUCCUACCGGAGCGCCUUCUGGUCCAUCUGCUCCUCCCGGACCGCCGGGGCCCUCCGGACCUCCCCCGCCCGCCUUUGCCCCGUCGUCGCGCCGCGAAUCGUUCCUCUCCGAUGACCGUGAGCGUGAUGGUCGACCGCACACGCCCAGCACCGCGCCCAAGGUGCCUCCGGCGGAUGAGAUGCCGGUGGUCGGUCAUGGCGAUAAGGUCAAACGAGAGGCGGGAGAGCUGGUCGAGGAUGUCAAGGAGGAUAGGGAGAGGAGCACGAGGGAUAGGUCGAGAGAUGGAGAGAGGGAUAGAGAGAGGGAGAGGGAGCGGGGUGGAGAUAGAGACAGGUAUGGAGAUAGGGAAAGGGAUAGGUAUGGCGAUAGGGAGAGGGACAGGUAUAGGGACAAGGAGAGGGACAGGGAAGAUAGGUACGACAAGUACGACAGGGAGGAAAGGCGGAGUAGUCGGUACGACGACAAGGAGAGGAGGGAUCGCAAAUACGAG